GUAGACGUCGUCGCACCCGGAAGUGAAGCGACUCCACGACAGAGAGGCGGCGCGCGAGGCUGGCCCCCAUUACCGUGAUAUCUCCGGAGGAAACCACCGUAUCAGGCCGGCGCUGCGGCUGGGGCAGCCGGAAGCUAGAGACCUGGUUGACCAUGACCCUUUCUGUGGAGACGGAAUCACACAUCUACCGAGCACUGCGCACUGCCUCUGGAGCUGCUGCCCACCUUGUGGCCUUGGGCUUCACCAUCUUUGUGGCUGUGCUUGCCAGGCCUGGCUCCAGUCUGUUCUCCUGGCAUCCGGUGCUUAUGUCUCUAGCUUUUUCUUUCCUGAUGACUGAGGCCCUGCUGGUGUUCUCUCCUGAGAGUUCGCUGCUGCGCUCCCUCUCGAGGAAGGGCCGAACACGCUGCCACUGGGCACUGCAGCUGCUGGCCCUGCUGUGUGCGCUGCUUGGCCUGGGCCUCGUCAUCCUCCAUAAGGAACAGCUUGGCAAAGCCCACCUGGCCACCUGGCAUGGACGGUCCGGGCUGCUCGCUGUGCUGUGGGCAGGGCUGCAGUGCUCAGGUGGAGUGGGGCUGCUUUACCCCAAACUGCUGCCCCGAUGGCCUCUGGCCAAGCUCAGGCUGUACCAUGCUACUAGUGGGCUAGUGGGUUAUCUGUUGGGUAGUACCAGCCUCUUGUUGGGCAUGUGCUCACUCUGGUUCACUGCCACAGUCACUGGUGGGGUCUGGUACUUGGCUGUGCUGUGUCCCGUCACCACCAGCUUGGUUAUCAUGAAUCAGGUGAGCAAUGCUUACCUGUACCGCAAAAGAAUCCAGCCAUGAGAUCAUCCCAGCCCAAGGAAGCCUGAAUUUACCCCCAGUGUUGGAACUGGGCUGGAACCUUCUGGACUCUCACAGAUGAUUAGGUUAUAAGGACACCUCAGCACUGGUGCACUGAGGCAGGAGUCCUGUGUACUGCCUUCUUGCUUGUUUUUCAUGCUGGAGUGCCUCCCCUUUCUUCCUCUCUGCUGUCACAGAGAAAAUAUGGAUCAUGUCUGUAUAAAGGUGGGAUUGUAAGAUUGCCUCUCCAGUAACUUGGUUCACACUUAUACCAGGAAUUACAGUAGAGAUAAAAAGAAAAAUAAAAGUAAAAAUCAA